AUGGUUUCUUUCACGACAACACUCCUCUCCCUCCUCCCCCUCCUCAUCACCUCCGCCCUUGCCAUCCCCACCCCGGUCGACAAGCGCCAGGCCUCCACCACAUCGUGGUCGUCGUCCGUGUCCGCGACGCUCAUCGGCGCCGCCGGCGCAGAAUACACGCUCGACAUCCCCGUCAACUCCGAGUGGUUCCCGACCGACAGCGGGCUGAGCGUCUCGCACAUCGAGUCCGCCCCCGGUGGCGCUGCCGACUGUGCCUUUUUCGGAUACGAUGGCGCCGUCGUCGUCCUGCCGGCCGCGGGCGGGACCGUCGACGUCGGUACGCCCCAGGGCAUUGCGGGGGGUGUGUGUGGGUCGUACUCGGCGUAG